UUAUGGGCUUCAAAUGUCCCAAAAGGUCCAUCAGUAAAAUUCCUUGUAGAAAAUGUUCAUACAAUGAGUGAGUUGAAACUAACAGGAAACUGUUUAAAAGGUUCUCGUCCCCUCUUGUCAUUUGAUCAGAAUUUUGAUACAGAACCUCAGUGGCAGUUGCUUAAAGAACUGUUUGUGCAGAUAUUUGGUACACCUAAUCACCACCCAAAAAGUCAACCCUUCUUUGAUCAUGAGUUCACCUUCUCCAUACAAGAUAAUCGCAUUUGGUUUAGAAAUUAUCAGAUUCUGGCUGAAGAAGGUUCACUAGCUGAAAUAGGUCCACGGUUUGUUUUGAAUCCAAUUAGAGUUUUUGCUGGGAGUUUUGGAGGUGCUACACUUUAUCAGAAUCCUCACUACAUUUCACCCAAUGAUUUCCGUCGGGUCCUGAAGCACCAGAAGUCAGACAAAUAUGUGCACAGAGUUGAGGCUAAAGUCUCUCGCUUGCAGCGCACACCUGAAUUUUCCUACCAGUUAGAUCCCACAGAUGAUGUUUUUAAUACAAUAACAGAAGAUCAACUAAAGAAAUAGCUUUUGUUUUUGACAUUUGUACAAUAAAUAACUUAAUA